UCCCACAAACGCUGAUCUAGUGAAUAAAAGACUCAAGUAUGCUGUGAAGAAAUAUGUAGAGAUCACCGGAACUGUGGACGCCAUGAAUUCAACUAUAGGAUUCAUACUUUCUCCUCUGCAGCUCAUCAUUCUACUUGGUCUUCUAGUGUUUCUGGAGUUCCGUGUAGUUUUGGAAGGGAAUAUGGAAUCUGUACUAUUAUUGAUUUUUUGGGGUGCAUUCGUUUUCACCAUCUGUUGGAAAGGGCAGUGUCUCGAGGAUGCGAGUUUAUCACUAGAAACAGAGGUUUAUGAGUUUCCUUGGUAUGAUUUGGAUAAAUCUUCUAGGAGCCUCUUCAAGAUAUUUUUCAAACAAGUUCAAAAAACAAUGAAGCUUAAAUCUCCCCCUUUCAUCGUUUUGAAUAUGCAAUACUAUCAUGAGGUCAUGAAAGGAACUUACUCAUUUUUGAUGUAUCUGAGACGAUUCUGAACCAAAACACAUCACAAUAAUUACAAAACACAUGAAUAUAAUGUAAAAUGAAAUAUUUUGGCAUGCACGCUUGUUGAGUCUGAAUAUGAGGAAAUAUCUGUAACUUUCAAAAAUAAAAUCAAUC